GACGACGCUAAUCAGUUGAUGCCGGUCGCUCGACAAAAUCGGCUCGCGUCUCUCGUUGCUCGCUUAAACCCAUCACCGGUACGAUAACGCGAAAGAUCGGUUUAUACGCUUGUAAUUGCAUCAUUAUUUAACGGCCCUUCAGUUAUUUAACGGUAGACAUUGAAUCGCAAAAUGCAAUGUUCAACAAUUGUGAAAGAAGAUAAUAUUAUAAUGUGAUCUGCUGCUGCAAGAAAUCUUAUCACUAUCAUAAUUCUGAAAACAAAAGGAAGAUAAGUAACAGAAAAAUCUACAAAAGGUUCAACGGAGUCAUAUUACUUGGAACUAGCGGCAAUUAAAGAUGUCGACUUCUUUGCUCAUAAACUAUUGCAUCACUGCGCUACUGAUAUUCGCGAGCGCGGUUCUCGCGAGUCCAAUUUUACGAAAGGAUGAAGAAUUCACCAUUAGAAUCGUUCACACGAAUGACAUGCAUGCAAGAUUUGAACAGACGUCGAGACUGUCGACUACGUGCACGCCGCAGGACUCCCAAGCCGGGAAGUGUUACGGAGGCUUCGCCAGAAUCGCGACCCUGAUCCGUCAAGCGAAGUCAGAAACGCCUGCGACAAUUUUCCUAAACGCCGGUGAUACUUACCAAGGGACCGCGUGGUACAACCUUUAUAAAUGGAAGGCAGUGUCUAUCUUCUUGAAUCUCUUAGAGCCAGACGUUAUAAGUUUGGGCAACCACGAGUUCGACGACGGCGUCGACGGUUUGAUACCCUUCAUACAAAACGCUUCGUAUCCCAUCGUGACGGCGAAUCUGGACCUCAGCCGGCAGCCGGAUCUGGCCGCCACGAAGCUGAAGAACAGCACGAUUCUCGAGGUGAACGGCAGGAAGAUCGGCGUGAUCGGCUACCUGACGCCGGAGACGAAGAUUCUAUCGACCACCAACAACGUGAUCUUCAAGGACGAGGUGGAGUCCAUCAGAGAGGAAGUCAAGAAACUCAAGAGUCAAGGCGUCGACAUUCUUAUCGCGCUGGGUCACUCGGGUUUCGACACCGAUAAAAAGAUCGCCAGGGAGGUCAAAGACAUCGACCUGGUGAUCGGCGGGCACACGAACACCUUCCUGUACCGCGGCAUGCCGCCGGACGUCGAGGUGCCGGAGGGUUUCUACCCCACGGAGGUUUUGCAGGACGACGGCAGGAAGGUGUACGUCGUUCAAGCUUACGCGUACACGAAGUACCUGGGCAAUUUCUCCGUGAGCUUCGACGUUCAGGGAGAAAUAACGUAUAUCCAGGGCAACCCGAUUCUCGUCGACUCCAGCGUGAAAGAGGCGGAAGACGUUCUGAAGAAGAUAGCCGAAAUGAGAGGACCUAUCGACGAUUUGGAACGCAUGGCGAUCGGCAAGACGCGGGUCCUCAUCGACGGAGACAGCAAGAAUUGCAGACGGAAAGAAUGCAACAUGGGAAAUUUGAUCUGCGACGCUAUACUCGAUUACUAUGCCGGGGAAUAUUUGGACGUUAACGGCUGGACGGACACUGCCAUCGCGAUCCAGAACAGCGGCAGCAUCAGAUCGUCGAUCACUCGAGCGAGGAACGACGAAGUCAAUCGAGCUGAUAUCAUAAGCGUCUUCCCGUUCGAGAACAUCAUUCUCAAAGUUUCCAUGACGGGAGAACAGAUUCUCUCGAUGUUAGAGUGGAGCGUUUAUAAUCUCAACGACACAACUUCCACCGGGAACCUGCACGGUGCUUUUCUACAGUACUCGGGAUUGCAGGUGGUCUAUAAUGUAAAUCAACCACGAAACUCAAGAGUAGUUUCCGUUCAAGUUCAAUGCGCUGCUUGUCGAGUGCCGAUGUACAGUGAGCUUCAGAGAAACGCUACCUACAAUGUCUUCAUAAACGAUUUUCUCGCAAAGGGUGGAGAUGGUUUCCAUAUGCUGGAGGGCCUCGAAACAACAACCCUCGGUAUCACGUCGGCAGAUAUAUUGCAACAGUAUUUCGAGAAACACAGUCCGAUACAUCCAGGUUUGGAGUGGAGAAUUACAUAUACAACAAAUAACGAUGACUACUAUAAAGAGCCAAAUCUCGGAACGAUUUACCGUCCAGCUGGCACAACGAUUCUUUUGCCAAUUAUCACUACUUUGCUGUUUUGGUUGUCUAACUAAAAUACUCUCAAUUUAGAUGCCUCAACAAUAACAAAUGUUACAAUUAAGCACAAGAACUAAAAUACCCUUGUGAAUCUUGUCACAGAGGUAUUUUAGAAUCAUUUAACAAAUAUAUUAUUUUUAUAAUUCUCUCAUCUCGAUAUUAUCUGUGGUUUAUAUUAUUUUAUAUUUCUUCUUUUCCGUUGUACAAUAAGACGGUAGAAGAAAUAGAAAGUACAAAACUUAACAUAUAAUAUUGUCUAUCGUUGACUUUAAUUUUAAACUUUUAAAAACAUUACAAUGUUAAAUAUGUAACAAAUAUAUAUUAACAAAUGCAAUAUUUUCU